UUAACGUAUAUACAUAUACAUACACAAUAAAUAUAUUUGUUCGUAAAUAUUUAAAAAAUAUUGCUAUUUAGUGCUUGAAAAAGACACAUCAAUGUAAUCAGUUAUUCAUAUAACAACGUGGCACGAUAUUUGAAGUAUGUUACUUUGACAACGACGUUUGUUGAUUGGCGCGUUCAGUAUUAGUCGUUUGUGUCUAAUGUCAAUCUGAAGGAUAUUUUCACUCGAUUAGAAAAAUGGAUGGUUGUUUUGGUUAUCACGAAUUGAAAGCAUUGCAGGAAUUAAUUAAUCCUCUUAAAAAUGAUUCUGAUUCCGAAGAUGAUUUACCACAAGCUGGCGCUCGGAAACUUGGACCUGGCGAUAUCGGUGCUCGAAAUGGAAAGUUUCAAGACCGCUCGGGCCCGCAUGCACCGCUGAAAGCGGAAGCUGAUGAUAUUUGGCAUCCGUCUGAAGCAGUUGCUUCGCAGAAUACGGAAGCCUACGAUCCAAGAAAGGUGCCGGAAUAUGAGAUGAAAUUUAAGCAAGCGGUGACGGCGGAAGAUAUUUUUUUGGGCAUGGGCUUCAAAACGCCAGGGACCGCAUCCUGCGAAUGGUUGUCCGUGUUGGUGAAGAUGCCGCAGGAAGUGCGCGAGAAAAUCGAGCUGUCCGUGGAAACCGAGGCGAUCGACGUGCGAAGCCCAAGAUAUCGACUGCAUCUCGAGACGCCACAUCCGGUUGAUCCUAACGCCUCAUCGGCCAAAUGGCAUAGUGAUAUUUCUACCUUAGAGGUCACCCUCAGACUUGUACGCGAGCUGGACGGCGUAAAUUUUUAAUCAACGUUACGGUAGGCUUUCAAUCUCGACUCUUAUAAAAACUUGAGGGACUUCUGUAUCGAUCGUAAUCAGUAUCUUCGCAUCUGCGUACAUUACUGUUCGUAAAAUUAGUCAUGUUAAGUCAUGUUAAGGGCUAAUCCUUGAUAUUCGAACUUGGUUAUUUUUUAAAGUUUUUAGCCGAUGAAUGUCUCCAAUUAUUGAAAAGUAAUAUUUGUAAAAUUUAAUAUUAAUAUUACUUUAUAUGUAACAAUACCUAUUUAAUUUUAUUUUACUUAUUUGAUUUAACUAAAUUCUCUAAUAUCUUGUGGUAACAGUAUCAUUUUGUUAAUUUCUGUAGUUGAUUUCUUUCUUUCUUUUGCGUUAUUUCUGUGGUUUCAAAUUUACGAACGGUAAUACAUAUUUAGUUUCUCUUUUAAUCUUCUUUCUCUCCAGUAAUGAAAUUGCCAUGCCUUUACAGAAACGAUUCUUUUACAGAAUCCAGAUCUCUAUUUUUAUUUUAAUUGUUUGACGGAUCGAAAAAGAGAUUCGUUAGCAAUAUAAGAAUUAUAACAUAUGAGAUGCAAUAUAUGGAUCGUAAUAUUGUAUAUGAGAUGUUUGCUUGAAUGUACAGGAUAAAAGCAUUGUUUGUUUAUAAUAUUUCUCUUUGUAUCGGAUUAAAGAUCGACGUAUUAUAUUCUCUUGUAUUGUAUUCUUGCCGUUAAAGCAAAUGAAAUUCAUAUUGAGAGUUACGUUUUAGAAUAUGAAAUAAAUAUCUCCUAGGUACAUAUUAUACAACUUCAGAUACUUUAGAUUAACAAAUUUACUUGUAAAUGUUGAUUAUUAUUAAUUUAUGAUAAAAUAACUUUUUAUAAAAACUAGGUUUUGAUAAAAACACUUUCAUUCAAGGUAUAAGUAAAAUAAAAUGAAUUGUGUAUUCUACAAUAAUGAUUGCUUUCAUAAAACAUAGCAAAUUCAAGCAUACUAUUUCAUAUGUUUUAAAAUCAAUAUUAAUAAUAUCAUUUUGACACAAAAUUCAGUAGAACCUUAUUUAUGUAAAUAAAGGUAGAAAUAUAGCAUUAUUCACCUUCUUAACAUGAGUUUGUAUAUUUAAAAAUAUGGUAUGAAUAAAGGAUAACAUAAGAGUUUAGA